GCGCACCCUGACAGGAGAAGCCGGCCAUGCAGGAGCCGCUGCUGGGAGCCGAGGGCCCGGACUAUGACACCUUCCCCGAGAAGCCGGCCCCGUCACCAGGGGAGACGACGCGGGUCGGGGCCCUGCAGAACAAGAGGGUGUUCCUAGCUACCUUCGCUGCUGUGCUGGGCAAUUUCAGCUUCGGGUAUGCCCUGGUCUACACGUCUCCUGUCAUCCCAGCCCUGGAGCACACCUUGGAUCCAAACCUGAGUCUGACCAAAACCCAGGCAUCCUGGUUCGGGUCCGUGUUCACCUUGGGUGCGGCGGCCGGGGGCCUCAGUGCCAUGGUGCUCAACGACCUCCUGGGCCGGAAGCUGAGCAUCAUGUUCUCGGCUGUACCCUCGGCGGCCGGCUAUGCGCUCAUGGCAGGUGCCCAUGGCCUCUGGAUGUUGCUCCUGGGGAGGACGCUGACGGGCUUCGCUGGGGGACUCACGGCUGCCUGCAUCCCGGUGUACGUGUCUGAGAUUGCUCCCGCAGGCGUCCGUGGGGCCCUGGGCGCCACACCCCAGCUCAUGGCAGUGUUCGGAUCACUGUCUCUCUACGCCCUUGGCCUGCUGCUGCCGUGGCGCUGGCUGGCCGUGGCCGGGGAGGGGCCUGUGCUUGUCAUGAUUCUGCUGCUCUGCUUCAUGCCCAACUCACCUCGCUUCCUGCUCUCGAGGGGCAGGGACUCGGAGGCGCUGCAGGCACUGGCCUGGCUGCGAGGGGCUGACACUGACAUCCGCCGGGAGUUCGAGCAGAUCCAGGACAACGUCCGGAGACAGAGCAGCCACCUGUCGUGGGCCGAGGCCCGGGACCCCCACAUAUACCGCCCCAUCGUCAUCGCUUUGCUGAUGCGCUUCCUGCAGCAACUGACGGGCAUCACGCCCAUCCUUGUCUACCUGCAGUCCAUCUUCGACAGCACUGCCGUCCUGCUGCCCCCUGAGGAUGACGCAGCCAUCGUGGGAGCUGUGCGGCUCCUGUCCGUGCUGAUUGCCGCCCUCACCAUGGACCUGGCCGGCCGCAAGGCUCUGCUCUUCGUCUCAGCGGCCAGCAUGUUUGCUGCCAACCUGACACUGGGGCUGUACGUCCAUUUCGGUCCAAAGCCUCUGACCCCCAACGGCACCAUGGGCCUGGAGAGUGUGCCCCUGGGAGGCACAGAGCAGCCCCUGGCCACGCCCACCAGCUACCUCAGCCUGGUGCCCCUGCUGGCCACCAUGCUCUUCAUCAUGGGCUACGCCAUGGGCUGGGGGCCCAUCACCUGGCUCCUCAUGUCCGAGAUCCUGCCCCUGCGGGCCCGCGGCGUGGCCUCGGGGCUCUGCGUGCUGGUCAGCUGGCUCACCGCCUUUGCCCUCACCAAGUCCUUCCUGCUGGUGGUGGACGCCCUCGGCCUGCAGGCGCCUUUCUUCUUCUUUGCCGCCGUGUGCUCCGUGAGCCUGGCCUUCACCGGCUGCUGUGUGCCCGAGACCAAGGGCCGGUCGCUGGAGCAGAUCGAGUCCUCCUUCCGCAGCGGGAGGAGGUCCUUCCUAUGCUAGGGCGGGGCCC